AUGGAAAUACGCAGAGCGAUAUACGGUACUACCAUAAGGUUUAAUCAACUCGUCGCGUCCUUCUUCAUUGGUCGUUUCUUCAGGCUAGAAGGCAGUAGUCAUCCCGAAGAGAUCACAGGGGCAACGUUUCUAAACGAGCUUCGUGCUGGUGCGACGACCUUUGCGGCCAUGGUAUAUAUCAUUUCUGUUAUUGUAAGAUGA